GGAGCUUUUUCCCUUUAUAGCACCAUUGAAUCCCAGUCUUAACAGAAGUACUGUGAAUCUUGUGGCCUCAUUCUGAACAAAAGGGAUUAAGGAAGAAAAAUCUCUUGAUAUAAAGCUUAGAAGCGAGGGCGGGCAAUCUUGGUUGUGAAUAUUUUCUGAUUUUUCCAGAAAUCAAGCAGAAGAUUGAGCUGCUGAUGUCAGUUAACUCUGAGAAGUCGUCCUCUUCAGAAAGGCCGGAGCCUCAACAGAAAGCUCCUUUAGUUCCUCCUCCUCCACCACCACCACCGCCACCACCACCUCCGCUGCCAGACCCAACACCCCCAGAGCCAGAGGAGGAGAUCCUGGGAUCAGAUGAUGAGGAACAGGAGGACCCUGUGGAUUACUGCAAAGGUGGCUAUCAUCCAGUGAAAAUUGGAGACCUCUUCAAUGGUCGCUAUCAUGUCAUUAGAAAGCUAGGAUGGGGGCACUUCUCUACUGUCUGGCUGUGCUGGGAUAUGCAGGGGAAAAGAUUUGUUGCAAUGAAGGUUGUAAAAAGUGCCCAACAUUAUACAGAGACAGCCUUGGAUGAAAUAAAAUUGCUCAAAUGUGUUCGAGAAAGUGAUCCUAGUGAUCCAAACAAAGAUAUGGUGGUCCAGCUCAUUGAUGACUUCAAGAUUUCAGGAAUGAAUGGAAUACAUGUAUGCAUGGUCUUUGAAGUGCUUGGCCACCAUCUCCUCAAGUGGAUCAUCAAGUCUAACUACCAAGGCCUCCCAGUUCGUUGUGUGAAGAGUAUCAUUCGACAGGUCCUUCAAGGUUUAGAUUAUCUACACAGUAAGUGCAAGAUCAUUCAUACUGACAUAAAGCCGGAAAACAUCUUAAUGUGUGUGGAUGAUGCAUAUGUGAGAAGAAUGGCUGCUGAGGCCACUGAGUGGCAGAAAGCAGGUGCUCCUCCUCCCUCUGGAUCUGCAGUGAGUACGGCUCCACAGCAAAAACCUGUAGGAAAAAUAUCUAAAAACAAGAAGAAAAAACUGAAAAAGAAACAGAAGAGACAGGCUGAGUUACUGGAAAAACGCCUACAGGAGAUAGAGGAAUUGGAGCGAGAAGCAGAGAGAAAAAUAAUAGAAGAAAAUAUCACUUCCACUUUACCAUCCAACGAGCAAGAUGAUGACUACCACCCAGAGGUGAAACUAAAAGAAGCAGAAACACAGGAGGCAGCUGAGGAGGAGACUGUGAAAGAUAAUGGUUAGUGGAAGCUGGAGGAGGAGUUGAUUGGUUUCCAUCAUCUUGAGCAGUCUACACAAUGGGUGUCUACAUCCAUGAGUAACCAGUAUCAUUUACUAAAGCACAGGAAAGGAUUGUUAGAACACCUCUAUAAACUGAGAAGCUCCCCUGGACCUAGAAAACCUAGGAAACCUGAUUUUAUGCCUGCUAUCGAGAGCCCUCAGGUUACCUUGGAACUGACUGUGACCUUAGUAGCAAAAACCCGGGCAGCUGACUUGUUGGUGAACCCUCUGGAUCCAUGCAAUGCAGAUAAAAUUAGAGUAAAAAUUGCUGACCUGGGAAAUGCUUGUUGGGUGCAUAAACACUUCACAGAAGAUAUCCAGACGCGUCAGUAUAGAUCCAUAGAGGUUUUGAUAGGAGCAGGCUACAGUACGCCUGCAGACAUUUGGAGUACAGCCUGCAUGGCAUUUGAGCUGGCAACAGGAGAUUAUUUGUUUGAACCACAUUCUGGGGAAGACUAUUCCAGAGAUGAAGAUCACAUAGCAUUGAUCAUUGAACUGCUGGGGAAAGUCCCUCGAAAAUACGCUAUGUUGGGGCAAUAUUCCAAGGAGUUUUUCACCAGAAAAGGAGAACUGCGGCACAUCACCAAGCUGAAGCCCUGGAGCCUCUUUGAUGUACUUGUGGAAAAGUAUGGCUGGCCCCAUGAAGAUGCUGCACAGUUUACAGAUUUCCUGAUCCCAAUGUUAGAAAUGGUUCCAGAAAAACGAGCAUCAGCUGGCGAAUGCCUUCGACAUCCUUGGUUGAAUUCUUAGCAAAUUCUACAAAUAUAGCAUUCUGAGCUAGCAAAUGUUUUCCAGUACAUUGGACCUAAACGGUGACUCUCAUUCUUUAACAGGAUUACAAGCAAGCUGGCUUCACCCUCAGACCUUUAUUUUGCUUUGAGGUACUGUUGUUUUGACAUUUUGCUUUUUGUGCGCUGUGGUCCUGGGGAAGGUUAGUCUCUUGUCUUCAACUAAGUAGUUUACUGACCAUUUUCUUCUGGAAACAAUAACAUGUCUCUAAGCAUUGUUUUUUUUUGUGUUGUGUGACAUUCAAAUGUCAUUUUUUUUUGAAUGAAAAAUACUUUCCCCUUUGUGUUUUGGCAGGUUUUGUAACUAUUUAUGAAGAAAUAUUUUAGCUGAGUACUAUAUAAUUUACAAUCUUAAGAAAUUAUCAAGUUGGAGCCACGAAAUAGCAAGGAAAUGUACACUUUUAUCUUCUGGCAAAGGGACAUCAUUCCUGUAUUAUAGUGUAUGUAAAUGCACCCUUGUAAAUGUUAAUUUCCAUGAAAUAUGGGAUGGGGACUCAAAUUUCAGAAACGCUACCAAGUCCUGAGUGCUUUAUAGCCUAAGUUGCAUGUAGCAGACUUUCUGCUGCUCCAAGGAGUUGUACAAACUUUUCAUUCCAUAACAAUCCAUUUACAUUGGAUUUCAAAUGAGGUGGCUCUGGAUUAUAAGAUAUCAUUCCUUAUAUGGCACAUUAAAGGAAGACGAGAGAAUGCUUCUCAUUCUAAAAUAUUCAUUAUAAUUUAGUAGUCCCAUUAGUAUUUUUGCCUAUUUUUAGAAGUGAUUUUCCUUUAAAAUUGUGAUGGCCCAGUACCAUGUAGUGUUGCUUCCUCCAAGCACUGUAAUGUUAAAUAUGUAGAGUAAAUGGGUCAAGAGAAAAGUGUUCAGUGUGUGGGAUAAAAAUACAUAUAUUUUGGGAGAAGCAUGGUUGAGUUUGUGUAAAACACAAGUUAUGGUUUAUACAAUUUACAGUGCAGUGGGCCAAAAACUCCUCACAGCUGAAAGGUAAUGGUGAUCAUGUUCAUUCCAUAGACAGCUUUCUGUGUUGGCUAUAGCAAAUUUUACUCACUUUUUCAGUCUCUCCUUGAAUGAGAAAAUGGUUUCCCUUUGCAGGUUGCACACAGUUCUUGUUCAUGCAUUUCCUUAAAAUUGUAGAACCCAGGACACAACCCAUUAGUAGGCAAUACAAGUUUAGAAUGUAAUAUAUAGAGGUAUACUUAGCCUCAUCUAGAAGUCAGUGGAUUGAAUGUCUUUUUAUUUAAAAUUUUACAUUUAUUAAGGUGCCUCAUUUUUCUUGACUUUGUCCAUUAACAUUUAUCCAUAUGCCUUUGCAAUAACUAGAUUGUGAAAAGCUUAAAAAGUGUUGUAACAAUAAUCCAUUGUUUGGGGUGCUUGCAGUUGUCUCAAAAAUUAAAGUGUUUUGGUUUUUUUUUCCAGACAUUGCCUUGGUCAUUGCCCUGUAUUUGAAGUGAUACAACCAAUGAACAUUUGCUAUCAGUUUAGUGUCACUAAAACUAAAGGAAAUACCAACAUUCCUGAUGCAGCAAAUGUAGUUGUAUAACAUACAUUAAUGCCUAUGGAGUCAUUUAUGGUUGUUUUUUUUUAAGGCCAGAUUUAGGAAAGAUAUGCUACAUUAUAAUUCAUUAUAUACAAUAUCAGUGGUCCUUUUUUUAUGUUUCAUCAUGCCACAUACUUCUCUGUGAGUUAGCAUUGUAUCACAUAUUGCUGUGAGGUAGAAUGUACCUUGUGCUCAUUUAUGAGAUGUGCAUGAAGUAUUUCUAAUGAAAUUAUCGGUUUCCAGGUAGAUUAUACGGCAGAUGGUGGCUGUAGACCAGUUUUACUAUUCAUAGUUUCCACAGGAAACAUUCUUCUAAGAACCACUGAGUAAAUUUGUCUUCCUUAUAAGGAUUUUUACCAGGGCAAUAGUAUACUUGAAUGAAAUUUGCAGGUUUGGGCCAUGAUGGAAAAUAAAGUAAAUUGAGUUUUACAAAGAUGGUUAUCAUUAUGAUAUAAAUAGCUUAGAAACAGGUCUUCUAGAAGGAAUAUGUAUUUGUUUUAGCAGAUUUUUGGUGGCUUGUUAAAAAUAUAUAUAUAAUUUAAAGGAGAAAAAUUGGUUAUGCCAAACUUUAUGUUUCUCCAGCUCAGCAAUUUUAGUUGAAUAUCCUAUCUUUCCCUUUCUGUGAUCCAUGUGAUUCUUCAUGGAAAAUUACAAGAUUUAGGUCAUAUAUUUGAUUGAAACAGAUUCAGAAGCCUGAUAUCUGAAAACUGGCAGAUAGAACUGUCCCCAAAACAGAGACAGUGGAUAUGAAGAGCUUCAUAAAAACUACUUGCUCCUUCUUGUACCUGGACCACAUAGGACUUAACAGGAUAAAGUAAGGAAACUUUUCCCUUGGAGUAGAGAACUUGUUUCUGUACAUGAAAUUAUUAAGUUACUCUUUUUCUCUUAUUGUUUUAUAAUGCAAGCUUGGUAGAGGACAGUAUUUGAGUAAAAAUUAGUUAUUUAAUAUGCAUUUUACACAAAAGUUUCUGUAUACAAUCCUUGUGUAGUAAGCCUAUUUGAAACUGAGGAAUUAAAAAAUUUUAAAGUGUAGUCCUUUUAAAGAGAGGAAUGUUGAUAUUUCAUAUAUACUAGUUAACUUUGUUCUAUGUUUCGAUCAGGGGUUGAAUGAUGUAAAGCCAUUUUUUCUCAGACAAAUAUUUCUUUAGUGAAUAUAGUAAGUAGAAUUGUGUUUGAUAAGUCUAGGAUGGCUUGACUUAUGUUCUUUUGAAGAAAACAUGAAGCUGAUUAGGAUUAAACCCUAAAUGAGUUGUAAUAACAUACCAUCAUUAGCUAAUGAAAAUGAAAAUUAAAAUGAUAAAACAUGACUUAAAAUACUACCAAAUCUCAUUCAGUCAUUUUUUAAGUCUUGUUUACUUUUUCCUGAUGCACAAGAUUUGCAUACUGUGCCCAACUUAUGUCAAGUAUUUGGAUGAUAAAAAAUUAUGUUAACAAACAGUGUCACUGCUAUUGGAUUUGACUAUUACUCCUGAGAGAUAGAUAGAAGGCAAAGGCUGGGAAUUUUUAUUGUUGUUUUUUUUUAAUAGACCUAUCAUUUUGUAUUUCAGCAAUAAAAUAACUUCCUUGAGAGGUCAUCUUUAUUUUACUUGAGAGAUCUAAGGAUGUCUUUUUUCUUUAAUUGUAUAUACUCAAACUAAAUUUAAAGAAGUAAUUUCCCAUGACUUAAAAAGUCUCAUAGUUAUAUAUUAAACAUUACAGUUUUCAGAUCAGUUUUGAUUUCAGUCAUGUUCUAAAAUGUACAAAUUAAGAUAUUCCUAUGUAUUGCAAACUACUUUUCAAACAACUGUUGUAAAUUGCAGUUUUGUUACUAUCAUGUGUUAUGCAUUAGUGGUUUGGUUUCAAUUUAUAUAAUGUAUAUACUUAAGUAAA